AAAGGAAAGGAGCGGGAUAAAAGAUACUGUGUGUUCAUCACAAACUCCGCCGACCACCGGAGAGUAUUUUCCCGGCGAGAACAUCAACGACAUGGCUUCAACUUCAAUAACUACUUUCUCCGUCUACUCGAAAUCCCAACCCAAGUUCAUCAAUCUGCUUCCGCAGCCACUGAUUCACACCCGCAACAAGCGCACAUCAAUUUCGUUUCAGCCAGCCACAGUUCGCGCCACCCUUUUCUCAACGCUCACUUGUUCCCACACCCCUUCAACGCCCUCUUCGGAUUUUUCACCGGGAAGGACUUUAUCCAAGUUCCUCUCAGAAAAGGUCGCAUUUUUCCUCAUUGGGUCGUUUCUCUUCUUGGGUUGCUUCGGAAAAAGAGCAGCUUUUGCGGAAGCAACGCCUUCGGUGGGUUCUGGCGCAGUGUUGGAGGAGAAGAUGAAGCUUUCCGAAGAGAAAAGCGAGGAGGAGGAAAUGUGGGAGCAGGUUUUGGAGAAGGAUCCGAAAAAUGUUGAGGCUCUUAAGGUGGUCUUGUAUGGGAAGAUUAGGAGAGGGAAGUCCAAGGAGGCUGUGAAAUUUGUGGAGGAUUUGAUUGCUGUGGAGCCCAACGAGGUUGAGUGGAGGCUUUUGCUGGCACUUUGUUACGAGACUAUGGGGCAAUUGAGCAAGGCUAAAAAAUUGUUUAGGGAAAUCUUGAAGAAAAGGCCUCUUCUAGUCAGAGCUUUGCAUGGUUUGGCUAUGGCAAUGCACAAAAACCGGGAAGGUCCUGCUGUAUUUGAAAUGCUAAAUAAUGCUCAAGAGUUAGCUUCUCGUGAAAACAGAGUUACCGAGGAGAGAAAUAUAAGAAUCUUAAUUGCGCAAAUGCAUGUUGUCCAGGGUAAUUUGGAGGAGGGCUUAAAAAGAUUUCAAGAUUUGAUUGAUCAAAAUCCUCGAGAUUUUAGGCCUUAUAUUUGCCAGGGAAUAAUAUACAGUCUCCUGGGUAAAAAUGAUGAAGCUGCACAGCAAUUUGAAACAUAUCAAACUCUUGUUCCUGAAGAAUUUCCUCAGAGGGGAUUUCUUGAUGAUGUUGCCAUAGCAGCAAAAAAAACAUCACUGGAACAGUUUAAGAAGGAAUUUAAAGAUCAAAUUUCUUCCCGGAAACAGAGAUAAUCUAGGACCUUUUCUUUGCUGUCUUGGCAAUAAUCAUCAGUGCAUUUCAGUAGCAAAAGAGAAAAGUUAGACCACUUUCAUGAUUCACUUCAAUGUAUAGCACAGUUUUGUUUUUUUUCGCAUUUUUUUUUCCUGGGCUUAUAGCACAUGAUUUGGAUAGGAUUUUCUUGUUUUACUUUGCUUAGAUCAUGUAUUUUAAUCCUUAAAUGUGUGUUUUAUCGUGGCACAACCUUUUUUCCCCUCUCUUUUGAGUGUGUUAGUAAGUAGUGACUUGCUGGGCAAGUUGUUCGAGGAUUUACACCUAUUUCUUAAUGUCUUAUCCUUCAUAUUCGAUCUCU